AUGAAGUCUUCGUCGUACCACGAAAGGGACAUCCCGGUUGUGACAACAGUACUCAGUAUGGGAGACGAUAAAGACAUCGACUACAAAGAGGGUGUGACCCACGAGGAGUAUCUCGUCAUAGCAUGGGUCCUCACUCUAGUGGCAGUGGUUGGAACAGUGUGCAAUGCUCUCGCCGUUACUGUGUUUUACAGGUUUCGAGAGCUACGGUCCCCAACGAACAGUUUUAUCAUCGCUCUGUGUGUCUGCGACUUCUUCAUGAGCUGUAUUGGAACUCCCAUCCCAGCCUUCUACGCUUUCAGAGAGGCCCACAUCACGUCUCGGGCGGUGUGCAUCUUGGAUGGUUUUAUCAUCUACUUCCUUGCUUGCACAUCCAUCUAUCUCCUAGCAGCUAUUUCAGCGGACAGAUACAUUGUCAUCGUCAAGCCCUUUGAGACCUAUACAGUCACACAGAGAGCUGCCAACGUUGCCAUAGCAAUCUGUUUGCUUCUUGGAUUUCUGAUGGCGCUCAUGCCGGUCUCUGGGUGGAAUGAGUACACACAAGAAGGAAUUGGUACGUGGAUAGUUAGAGGCAGUCUACAGUAA